AGGCUCCUGGAGAUGCUGCUGACUGCCCUGCACCUCCCUGCGUGAGCCAGCAGAGAAUGGAAGAGACCAGAAUCAUCUGGGCAAAGGACCCUUCACCAGGCACUGGGAUGUUGUCCCCCUGAAGAUGGGAGUUACAAAAGGCCUUGUGAACUGCACGUGUGGCUCAGACACCUGCACCGUCACACCCCUUGCACAGUAGUCCCAGGCUGCCACAGGAUAGGCAGACGCUGGCCACAGCAGCUCAUCCUAUUAACUCCCCUGUGAAAACAUUUGUGGAAGAGCUUUCCUUCUCCUCCUGUGAAUGCCAGCAGUGGGUGUCUGUGCCCCGUGUGCCGCUGCGGCGUUCCCUGCCCGCUGGUGGGGUGGGCAGCAGGCUGUGCAUCGCCCCCUUCCCCAGCGAGGCCGGCGGCAGCCGAGCACGGAGCCCUGCAGCUCUAUCCCCGGGGACAAAUGCCAGCUGCCAGACUCUUCUCUGGAGACCCAGGAGCAGCCUGUGAGGCACCAGCACUGACUGCUCCCACGGCAGCAGCGGGCGGUCCGGGACGCCUGUUGUCGCAGAUGUGACUCACGCUGGACAGGAGCGCUCCAGCUGCAGGGCACGGCAUGCAGCAGGGACAGGGGUGCUCUGCACUGACCGGGCAGCCUCACGCUGCUACUGUGGACUUUCCUCCUACUCUUCCCUAAAGGAUGCUGGCUGCCCGUCCAGAAGCUCCUGCUCAUGCAGCCUUCUAGGGUGCCAUGGCGAAGGGUCUGCAGGGCUUCUUGUGGACCAUGCUGCUGCUGUUCUGCGCCAUCCAGGAGCUGGGGACCUGGGCCAUGCACACGGCGGUGGAGGGCCCUGGCCUCGGGGAGCCCGGGGAUCCUGCACUGCUGGCCGGCGGGCGAGUGAAGCGUGGCUGGGUCUGGAAUCAGUUCUUUGUGGUGGAGGAGUACACGGGCACCGAGCCGCUGUAUGUGGGGAAGAUCCACUCGGACUCAGAUGAGGGAGACGGCUCCAUCAAGUACACCAUCUCCGGGGAGGGCGCAGGGACCAUCUUCCUCAUCGAUGAGAUCACAGGUGACAUCCACGCCACCGAGCGCCUGGACCGGGAGCAGAAAACCUUCUACACCCUGCGAGCACAGGCCCGGGACCGGCAGACGGACCAGCUGCUGGAGCCCGAGUCAGAGUUCAUCAUCAAGGUGCAGGACAUCAACGACAGCGAGCCACGCUUCCUGGAAGGGCCCUACAUCGGCAGCGUGGCGGAGCUGUCCCCCAUCGGCACCUCUGUGAUGCAGGUGAUGGCCUCCGAUGCCGACGACCCCACCUACGGGAGCAGUGCCCGGGUAGUCUACAGUGUGCUGGAGGGGGAGCAGCACUUCACUGUGGACAGCAAAACAGGUGUGAUCCGGACAGCCGUGGCAGACCUGGACCGCGAGACACAGGACCGCUAUGAGGUGGUGAUCCGUGCAACAGACAUGGCAGGACAGCUGGGUGGCCUGUCUGGCUCCACCACGGUCACCAUCGUGGUCACUGAUGUCAACGACAACCCACCACGCUUCCCUCAGAAGAUGUAUCAGUUCAGCAUUGUUGAGACGGCCCCCGUGGGCACUGCCAUCGGGAGGGUGAAGGCAGAGGACUCUGACGUCGGAGAGAACACGGACAUGACAUAUCAAGUGAAGGAUGAGGAGGGGGUGGAGAUGUUCAAAGUCACCACGGACAGCAAUACCCAAGAGGCUGUCAUCACGGUACAGAAGCCUCUUGACUACGAGUCAAAAAGAGUGCACACUGUCGUGGUGGAGGCCCUCAACAAGUUCGUGGACCCGCGGUUCGUGGACCUGGGCACCUUUCGGGACCAGACCAUUGUUCGAGUCUCAGUGCUGGACGUCGAUGAGCCCCCCGAGUUCCGGCCCCCCUCCAACCUGAUGGAGGUCCAGGAGGAUGCACAUGUUGGAUCUAUCGUGGGGGUGGUCACUGCCCUGGACCCGGACACAGCAAACCACCCUGUCCGGUACGCCAUCGACCGCAGCACGGAUGCCGAGAGGAUCUUUGACAUCGACGCCAAAACAGGGGCUAUUGUGACAGGAAAGGUGCUGGACCGGGAGACAGCAGGGUGGCACAACAUCACUGUCCUGGCAAUGGAAGCAGAUAACCAUUCCCAGGUGUCAAGGGCCUCUCUCCGGAUCCGGAUCCUGGAUGUCAAUGACAAUCCACCUGAGCUUGCCACCCCCUAUGAAGCCUCUGUGUGUGAGGAUGCCAAGCCAGGCCAGCUGAUCCAGACAAUCAGCGUUGUGGACCGGGAUGAGCCUCAGAGCGGCCAUCGUUUCUACUUCACAUUGGCACCUGAAGCCACCAACAACCACCACUUCUCUUUGCUGGAUAUCCAGGACAACACGGCAGCGGUGCACACACAGAGAGUGGGCUUCAAUCGCCAGGAGCAGGAUGUGUACCUGCUCCCCAUCCUGGUGGUGGACAGCGGCCCCCCAGCCCUGAGCAGCACAGGGACUCUGACCAUCCGUGUCUGCGGCUGUGACAGCAACGGGGCCAUCCAGUCCUGCAACAGCACAGCCUACGUCGUGUCAGCCACGCUGAGCCCCGGCGCCCUCAUCGCGCUGCUGGUCUGUGUCCUCAUUCUGGUUGUGCUGGUCCUUCUGAUCCUCACGCUGAAGCGACACCACAAAAGCCACCUGACCUCUGAGGAUGACGAGGACAUGAGGGACAAUGUCAUCAAAUACAACGAUGAAGGGGGUGGUGAGCAGGACACAGAGGCCUAUGACAUGUCAGCCCUGCGCAGCCUCUACGACUUCAGUGAGAUCAAAGCUGGUGAUGGAGGUGGGGGGCCAGGAGAGGGGGGCCCAGGCAGAAACCCAGCCUCGGAGCUCCAUGCCCUCCCACAGUGGGUGCAGAGCCCAGACCUGGACUUCUCUGUGUUCAGAGACUAUAUCUGCAGGAAGGUGGAGCAGGCAGAUGAGGACCUCUCUGUGCCGCCCUAUGACUCAUUCCAGACCUAUGCCUUCGAGGGCUCGGACUCCCCAGUGCCCUCCCUGAGCUCCAUCAACACCUGGUCCAGCAGCUCGGAGCAGGACUUCUCCUACCUGGGGGGCUGGGGGCCACGAUUCCGGCAGCUGGCAGCGCUGUACGCGGGGCGCAGGGGCGAGGAGGACGGCGAGGAGUCCUAGCUGCCCCUCCAACCCCGUGGGCUCCGGACACCUCCUGGACUGGGGCUCCAGGCCGUGAGGUGCCACACGGGAAUCGUGUGCUCCUGGGCCGGACUCCAUGGCUGCCGGCCAGAGGCUGCACCGCGGGCACCGGGCCACUGCUCCUCCGCAGCUGCCUUUGGGCUCGGGUGGGCUCCACACUCACGUGGGGAGGCUGGGGAGCCCAGAGGAGCCACCGGGCUGUCCUCAUCUCCUCAAAGCCAGUCUCCAUUAAAGCACUACGCAUUGACUUAAGAAGGAGAAAAUCUAAUUCAAGAGGGU